AUGCCCAAAUACCUCGAAUCGUUUGGUGAUCACUUAUAUUUUAGUAACGAGGAGGAACAACAGGCUGAACUACGACAAGACAAACCUCAACUCCCAUCAGAAUCCGAACCCAAACCCACUUCACACCCUACCCACCCUUUGACCAAAGCUCUCUUUCAAUCAAUCUACAAUAAAGGCUACACCGACGGCGCCUCUUCAACAUUCUUACAAAGCUUAUCCACUUACUUCACAUCUCAUCCUAUCUUAACUACUACAAUGGUCUUACUUAUUGGAUCAGGCAGUAUUGCCCUCUCCGCUCGAAGGGGAACAGGUAUCAAUACCACCAAACGUUUUUUGUUCGAUGCUGGAUCUAAUUCAUCUAGAUCAGCCAAAACUACGGGAUCAAGAUCAUUCGGUACCUCCUUGACUGCCUUGGCUAGAACACCACCUUAUUCUUCCGCACCCCCCGGGGCAAUCGCAGGUGCUGGAGGCGAACACGAUAAAGCUCUCGAUAACCUUCGCGAGGACAUACAUGCAGCUCAAGAGUUAUUUGCAAAAGAAGAAGAGGCAAAGGUCGAUAUCGGUACUCAGCUCGAAGGAAAAGUAGAUGUACGUGAUGGAACGGAUCGAUCUUCCGGAUCGGACAGUCAGACUAUUAUGGAUGCCUUGAGUCAGAUGUUGGGUCAAGUUGGGGAGGGUAAGAAGAUAGUCAUCGAUUUGAGCCCGGAUGGUAAUUGGAGUGGUCCUAAGAUCGUUGAUUCCACCAGUACAGCUUCGGAGAUCGACGAUUCUUCGAUCCCCUCUACCUACCUUUCCAGCUCAGACGGAUCUGGAAUACCAGGAGAAGGCUUUACACCAGAGGAAGUCCAGAAGAUCAACGCUGACACUCCCAGUUCACCCAUGGCUGAAAUUGAAACUUGGACAAAAGCUCGAUUCGCCAUUAUCGGAUGGGGCGAGGAAGAAGUUUGGAAUGGUACUGGAAACUUGACAAUCAAGUUCUGGGAUGCUGAAAACCCUGACCAAGUGAUCAAUGACAAGAUGAUCGUCCGUACGUUGUUCAAAGAGGGUAUACCCGAAGCGAUCUACCAUAAUGGAUUGUUGUUCCAAAUCGAAGAAACUCCAGAAGACCUUGACAGUGGAGAAUCCAUCUGGAAGUUUGAAAAGCUGCUUGUCGACGUGAAGAAGGUCGUUGAAAUGGGUGAAUUGCAAAAUGAUGAGGUAUACAACCCUUCGCUUGCAUCAGAUCCCGAGGAAGACCUCAACGAACUCACCAUGUUCGACGAGAUGAUCGCAAAUGAUCGAGCGACCAACGCGCACAUCUUCAAGGAUCCUGUACCUAUCAUCGAGCCUAAACACCUGAUCAAGGCUGUAGAGAAUGGUCAGCGGGUGGAGUUCUGGUUGGAUGAGAAGCUCGGGGAUGCCAGGGCUGUGGGAGACAGUGGGAAAAUCGAAUUGUGGAAGGUCAGAGUAGGAAUCUAUGAGUUAUACGAUAAACCGACAUGGUCCGAACUCGAAGGUCUAGUCUAUUUCAAUGGCCCUCCCAUGAAGAUCGCUAUCGAACCGGAAACAGGAUAUUCCGUUGACCUUUUCCCAGGUGAUGAUGGUCAAUACGUAGUCAAGGGUCAAGAAGAGGCUGGCGAGGCGUUCGUUAAUUAG